AUGGAGGAGAAGGACGGGGCCGGGAACGGCUCCCGGCCGAGCAUCCCGGGCCGCUGGCUGGAUAACGGGACCGGGGAGGGCCCGCCGCCGCUGCUCACGGACGCCUGGCUCGUUCCUCUCUUCUACGCGCUGGUCAUGGCUUUGGGGCUCCUGGGCAACGCGCUGCUCCUGUUCGUGUUGAGCCGGCGGCGGGGCACGCGUACGGCCACCCACUGCUACCUCGCCAACUUGGCCGUCACAGACGUGGUGUUCCUGCUCUGCUGCGUGCCUUUCACCGCCACCCUCUACCCGCUGCCCGGGUGGGUUUUCGGGGAGUUUAUGUGCAAGUUUGUCAACUACGUGCAGCAGGUGACGGUCCAGGCCACCUGCCUGACACUGACAGCUAUGAGCGUCGACCGCUGCUAUGCCACGCUGUUCCCCCUGCGCUCGCUGCGCCAUCGGACGGCCCACGGCGCCAUGGCCGUCAGCACCGCCAUCUGGCUGGGCUCGUUGGCCCUGGCAGUGCCGGCAGCGUUGCCCCCGCGGCUAGAACUGGGCUACUGGUAUGGGCUUCGCAUUUACUGCACCGAGGUCUUUCCCAGCCUGUCUGGGGCCCGGGCCCUGGGGGUCUACACCUUUCUGGUCGCCUACCUGCUGCCCUUGGCCACCAUUGGCCUGUGUGCCGCCUGUGUCCUGCACCGCUUGCGCCGGCCUGCUGUGGGGCCCCUGGAGGCUGGGCAUCAGGCCCCUCCGGGCCCCCGUCCUUCACGGGCCCGGGUGUCGCGGAUGGUGGUGGCUGUAGUGGUGGUGUUUGCCGUCUGUUGGGGGCCCAUCCAGCUGUUCCUGCUGCUCCAGGGCCUGACCCCCUCUGCCCGCCCCUCCUACACCACUUACAAGUUCAAGACCUGGGCCAACUGCAUGAGCUAUGCCAACUCAGCCCUCAACCCCCUGGUCUACGCCUUCCUGGGUCACAACUUCCGCAAGUCCUUCCACAAAGCCAUUCCCUUGCUCUCCCGGCCUCCAGCCCCUGAGGCCCUGCCCGCAACGAGGGACCUCGUUCCUCUUGCCUGA